AUGGGUCGUGGAGUUAGCAGCGGUGGUGGGGAGAGUUCUCUUGGUUACCUUUUUGGAGGAGGUGAAGCUCCUGCUCCACGAGUUCCUGCCCCGAAAACCACUGCAAACAAUGUGGAAACUCCUCUGCAAAACGAGGCUCCGGUGAUGAAUGCAGUUCCAGAGAAGCCUUCUGUUGUUGCACCACCUGCUGAUGUUGAUAAACAAAUUCCUGCUGGGAUUCAGGGAAGCCAAAAGAAUAACUAUUUCCGAGCUGAUGGCCAGAACACUGGCAACUUCCUUACAGAUCGACCAUGUACGAAAAUCCAUGCCGCUCCUGGUGGUGGAUCUUCCCUGGGAUACCUUUUUGGAGGUGACAGCAAGUAA